UAGCGCCUUGUGACACACAUACGUUUUGCCUCAACAAAGAAAACGUUACUAUAUUUUUUCAACCACAACUUUAUCAGACAGUAACAUUACAUCACAAAGCAGAUAUCUACACGGGAGUCGAACCUCCGUCAAGCAAACAGAACACAGAGUAACCUCCAAUGGCUGGUUCAGGGAGAUAUAUGUUACGCUCUUUGGCCUCUUCAUCAGGGACUAAGAUGAUGAACCCGAAGCCCAGAAUGGUUUCGUCCGAGGUCAAGGGGUUAAGCGUUGUCCAUGAUGAGACGAAUAUGGAGUUCUUUAUCAAGCUUGGGGAAGAUAAAGCUUUCCUUCAGUAUGAUGUUCUAGAUCCAGCCACAGGAGCAGUCGAUCUACAACAUACUGUAGUUCCUGAGGUGUUUCGAGGACAGGGAAUUGCAAAAGUUCUUGCAAAGACUGUGAUGGAUCACUUUGCUUCAAGGGACAAACACAUGAAACUUACAUGUUGGUAUCUACAGAAGUUUUAUAAAGAAAACCCUCUUCCAGCAUACAGUGGAAAGAUAAUUGAAUAACCCCACAAGAAAUUAACAAGAGGAAAUAGCUUCUAUUUUUCCAGGCUGACUUAUAUUUUUGUAUGGUAGUUAAUUUUAUGAGACAACAUCUUUAUCCUGUAAUAUCCCUUUUUGUUGAUAAAAGGUUCAUUUGAUUAAUAAAGUUCUGCAUUAACCAAA